GACGCAUGCGCUCGUUGAAUGCUACUAAACUCACUACGGGGUCUUUGCCGAUUUGUGCAAGGGAGCCGCACCCUGCUUUGGGCGGUCGGAUAGAAUUUACGAAGUGAAGUGAACUUUUGUGCGCUUGGCGGGGCUUGGACUGUGGAUUGAAUGCUACAGUGGAAGUGCUGAAAUUAACGGGAUAACCCUAGAGGACCUUGUUCCAUGCCGGUGAUCAAAGAUCUGUGACAGCAGGCUGGGAAACCGCUCGCCUCCACGGCAGGCCUGGUACACCCGGCGACAGGUUUACACGUUAGGCCUAUUAAUAGAGGAACCUUACAUUCGGAAGGGUCGAAGAACAUAACCUAGCAGAAUGAAUGAAUUGGACAGUCUACGACAAGAAGCUGAAGCACUAAAGAACACAAUUCGAGAUGCACGGAAACAAGCAUGUGAUACAACGCUGGUGCAGGCCACUGCCAACAUGGAACCUGUCGGCCGCAUCCAAAUGCGGACGAGACGCACACUACGCGGACACCUCGCCAAAAUCUAUGCCAUGCAUUGGGGUUCAGAUUCCCGCUACCUGGUAUCUGCAUCCCAAGACGGCAAGUUGAUUGUGUGGGAUGCAUACACCACAAACAAGGUGCAUGCGAUCCCGCUCCGAUCAAGCUGGGUGAUGACCUGCGCCUAUGCGCCGUCGGGCAGCUACGUAGCCUGCGGAGGCCUAGAUAACAUCUGUUCAAUCUACAGUCUCAAAACGCGAGAGGGAAACGUGCGCGUCAGUCGCGAACUCCCGGGCCACACGGGGUACCUCUCCUGCUGUCGCUUUGUCGACGACAACCAGAUAGUCACCAGCUCGGGUGACAUGACAUGUGCCCUCUGGGAUAUAGAAACUGGCCAACAGUGCACAUCGUUCACGGGACACACUGGUGAUGUCAUGUCUCUUUCACUGUCUCCUGACAUGAGGACAUUCGUUUCCGGAGCGUGUGACGCCUCUGCCAAGUUAUGGGACAUCCGCGAUGGUAUGUGUAAACAGACAUUCCCCGGUCAUGAGUCGGAUAUCAACGCUGUAACGUUCUUCCCAAAUGGGUAUGCCUUCGCAACGGGGUCUGACGAUGCGACGUGCCGCUUAUUCGACAUCCGCGCUGACCAGGAGUUGGCUAUGUAUUCUCACGACAACAUCAUCUGUGGCAUCACAUCGGUCGCCUUCUCCAAAUCUGGUCGCCUGCUCCUGGCUGGUUAUGACGACUUCAACUGCAAUGUGUGGGAUUCUAUGAAGGCUGAGCGUGCUGGUGUUCUUGCGGGUCACGACAACCGUGUCAGCUGCCUCGGGGUGACGGAGGAUGGCAUGGCUGUGGCUACAGGCUCAUGGGACAGCUUCCUCAAGAUUUGGAACUAGGCAGACGAGCUCUUUCCGAUCGUACGCCUCUCUUCCUUCCUCCUCCUCCGCCCUGACCCCGAGAGAACUAAAGAAAAAAAAAAACUGCGCGCUUCACAUUGCACUGGACCAAAACUCUUUCUCCUUCCCGCUUGGUGUUGCCUUCUCUCUACCUUUCUCUCUCUGCCCCCUUCAUAAACGAGCGAGGGUGAGACUUUUCCUUUUUUUUUUUUUUUUGCUCCUUCCUCAAGGGACGUACACAGAUGAGGACUUGGAGAGAGCACCACUGCCCACCGCAGUCUUUUUUUUCUAGUCAAGCGUGCAUGCAAGGAACUCCCUCCUUCUUACUCUACUCUCUUUCUCUUUUUUUUUUCUUUUUUGUGUGUAUGAAGCUCACAACAAAAUUGCGAGGUGACCGUCUUGUGGGUGGGGUGGUGGGGGGUUGUUGUGCUCUGCUGCGAGAGAGGAAAAGAACUGCUCGGGUGGAGAAAGCUGCUGCAACAUGCCCUUGUCAGUGUCACUGGCCCCCGUGACAUCCGGCAAAGGGUUGCCCACAGCUUUGCUGGCUGGCUUCACGAAUCGGCAAAGCGACGGCAGAAGGUUGUGUUAGUGGCAUUCGAGGACUGUGUACAUCCGUCUUCACCUUCUUUGUCUGUUAAUUUUGCUUUUACUUUGUGUUUUUUUCUUUGGCAAGGUACAUUGUGAGCAUGCACCUGUUACUGUACAUAGUGUUUUAUGCGAGAGUUCAGAUUUUGAGCAUUAUGUCGUACUUCCUUUACUUUGCCGACCUCUUCGGGUCAAGUUAUGGUCAGUGAGCUUACUGUUAAUGGAGGCAUUUUGUGAGAGUGUGCGUGUUGUGCUUUUGGAGUUGCAUGCAUGAGAGAUGGCCUUGUGCGGAGCACUCUGGGACCACGGUUUGCAGGGUUUACUUUAGCACAGCCGACACUUCGGACAUGAGAGCAUCAGAGGGGGACAGGCAAGAGUGUGAGAAACCCUUCAGUUUAUGCGCAUGAACACUGAGCUGUGUUUAGGUCACCUGUGUGUUGCGUGUUGUAGCCGCCGGUUUUGUGUUUGGUGCAUUUGAGUAAGGAGGAGGGAUGAUUUCUGAAGUGCUUUCUUACGGCUCGCUUGGACGUUUCACUUGGUGACGGCAAGGCAUUCGUGCCCUUGCUUUGCCUCCUUUCUACCCACGGCUUGUGCGUGCGUGUGUGUGUGUGUGGGAGAGGACCUCUGUACACGGUUGAGUCGGCACACGCACACACUGCACUGCGCUGGGUGGCACAUCUUUUUGGAAAAACAAAACCGAAUGGCGCGUAUACCUUUUUGGAAGUGACACCUGCAUGUCAGCUGUGGAAGUGUCAUUUUCCUUGUCUUCAUUGCGCAUGGUCUACGUAGUGAAACCACUGCCAUAUGCCGGAACGAAUGUUGGGAGUCCUCUCCAGACGAGGAGCACUGCGCUGCCCUUGAGACAAGAGCCCCAGUCUCAAGGGCCAGCCAAUCGCAGCCGGGCACUGGGCUGGCCAGGGAGGGAUUUUGUCAUCCGUUUUGUCUGCCCUCCCCGCCCACCCUGCUGCCCCCGCUGCCGCCCGUCCCGGGAAGGGAGUUCCCUUGUAAACUGCCCCGCCACUGCUCCGGGCGUUGGUUGGUUUCACUUCUCAUGUUUUUGCUGCCAUCUUUUUUUUUUUUUUUUUUCCUUUUUUUUUCCAUGCGUCACUGCUACCGACACAAGGACAAGGAAGCAUACUAUAUAUAUAAUAUAAAUACACAAACGCAGACUCGUCGCUCUACUCUAGGACACUUGCGCAGGCAUUUGGGAAGGGUCGUUUCCCAGCCCCCCCUGUGCGCGACAACUGCCAUACUCGAGAUGUUUGGAAAAUUGAGUGCGAGCGAGAAGUGCGGGUUGGCCGCGUGGCGCCACCCAUUGUGCAUUUCUGUUGGCUGCGCCCCCACCCCUCCCUCCCUUUCGUUUUUCUAUGACAGGAAGAAAAAAAAAUGUGUCUGGCAGACGGGGAACGUUCUGCCUUUCCCUGAAGCAGGACCACUCUCUUGCGCAGCCUUCCGACGGCUUUUUUCUUUUUUUUCGAGACAUGGACAGAGCGAACAAACCCCAAAACUUUAUAUAGAUAUAUAUAUAUAAUCAACAUAUAUGUAAGCGCGUACACGACACAUGCAUGAAUGUGCGCUCUCCCCUCCUCCUCCUCAUUGUCCAGAACUUCACUGUUGCUGCUGCUAUUUACUGCCGUAGGGUCAGUGCAAGAAGACAUUGGAGUCUACUCAUUUGGUUUUGCCAGGCCUCGAGGCUGUUGGAGCCUCGGAAUCAUUUUACUGUUUGGUUCAAACUGAGGACACAUAGCAGCAACACGUGAAGGGACACUUCCUCUGAUCCUCUUUGAACAUAUGCCGAGCCCCCCCCCAUUUCCCUCCUCCGUUUUUUCUUUCUCCCCGUUUUGUUUCCACACACACACCUUCCUCUGCGAAACAAACCAGCAGACAACAUUGAAUGGAGACAAAUGAAAUGCAGAGCAUGGGAAAAGUGACGGAACUGAUAAAAGCAAAAAAAAAAAAAAAAACCAUGCCAGGAGUUUGGGGUGCCUGGUCAGCCUGCGUGUCUUAUUUCAGUAUGUAGCUUUCAGUCUCGUUUGUGAAACAAUUUCCUUGUGUAUGUUAUUUAACUUGUCCAAUAAAGCUGUUUGUCUUUACGUACAAAACAGGA